AUGUGCGAAGAAAAGCCAAAGGAAGCUGACACAGUAGUGAAAAAGGAAGAAGAGAAAGUUAUUACAGAAGAUAUCAUUGCAGAAGUGAAAAAACCAGAAGAAAAAGAUAAAACUGUUCCCCCUGAAAUACCUGAAGACAAGAUAAAGGAAGCUGAGAAACUAGUUCCAAAAGAAACAAUAGUGAAAAAAGAAGAAGAGAAAGUUAUUACAGAAGAUAUCACUGAAGAAGUGAAAAGACCAGAAGAAAAAGAGAAAAUGGGUCCAUCUGAAAUACCCAAAGAAAAGAAAAAGGAAGCUGCAAAACCAGUUAUAAAGGACACAGUAGUGAAAAAGGAAGAUGAGAAGAUUAUUACAGAAGAUAUCACUAAAGAAGUGAAGAAACCAGAAGAAAAAGAGGAAAUUAUUCCACAAGAAAUACUUGAAGAAAAGGCAAAGGAAGCUGAUAAACCAGUUUCGAAAGACACAGUAGUGAAAAAGGAAGAAGAGAAAGUUGUUACAGAAGAUAUCAUUGAAGAAGUGAAAAAACCAGAAGAAAAAGAUAACACUGUUCCACAUGAAAUACCCGAAGGAAAGAUAAAGGAAGAUGAGGAACCAGUUUCAAAGGACACAGUAGUGAAAAAGGAAGAAGAGAAGAUUAUUACAGAAGAUAUCACUGCAGAAGUGUUGAAACCAGAAGAAAAAGAGGCAAAGGAAGCUGAGAAACCAGUUUCGAAAGACACAGAAGUGAAAAAGGAAGAGGUUAUUGUUGAAGAUAUCACUGAAAAAGUCAAGAAAUCAGAAGAAAAAGAGGAAACUGCUCGACACGAAAUACCCGAUGGAAAGAUAAAGGAUGCUGAGAAACCAGUUUCAAUGGACACGGUAGUGAAAAAGGAAGCAGAGAAGGUUAUUACAGAAGAUAUCACUGAAGAAGUAAAGAAACCAGAAGAAAAAGAGGAAAUUACUCCACAUGAAAUACCUGAAGGAAAGAUAAAGGAAGCUGAGAAACCAAUUUUGAAGGACACAGUAGUGAAAAAGGAAGAAGAGAAGGUUAUUAGAGAAGAUAUCACUGAAGAAGCGAAAAAACGAGAAGAAAAAGAGAAAACAGUUCCAUCUGUAAUACCCGAAGAAAAGACAAAGGAAGAUGUAAAACCAGUGUCAAAGGACACAGUAGUCAAAAGGGAAGAGGGGAAGGUUAUUACAGAAGAUGUCACUGGAGAAAUGAAGAAACCCAAAGAAAAAGAAGAAACUGUUCUACACGAAAUACCUGAAGAAAAGGCAAAGGAAGCUGAGAAACCAGCUUCAAAGGACGCAGUGCUGAUGAGGGAAAAGGAGGAGGUUAUUACGGAAGAUAUCUCUGAAAAAGUGAAGAAACCAGAAGAAAAAGAGGAAAUUAUUCCACAUGAAAUACCGGAAGGAAAGAUAAAGGAAGCUGAGAAACCAGUUUCAAAGGACACAGUAGUGAAGAAGGAAGAAGAGAAGUUUGUUACAGAAGAUAUCACUGCAGAAGUGAAAAAGGCAGAAGAAAAAGAGAAAACAGAUCCAUCUGAAAUACUUGAAGAAAAGGGAAAGGAAGCUGAGAAACCAGAUUCAAAGGACACAGUAGUGAUGAAGGAUGAAGAGAAAGUUAUUACACAAGAUAUCACUGAAAAAGUGAAAAAACGAGAAGAAAAAGAGAAAUCAGAUCCACAAGAAAUACUUGAAGAAAAGGCAGAGGAAUCUGAGAAACCAGUUUCAAAGGACACACUGGUGAAAAAGGAAGAAGAGAAAGUUAUUACAGAAGAUAUUACUGAAGAAGUGAAGAAACCAGAAGAAAAAGAGGAAACUAUUCCACAUGAAAUACCUAAAGAAAAGGCAAAGGAAGCUGAGAAACCAGUUUCGAAAGAUACAGUUGUGAAAAAGGACGAGGAGGAGGUUAUUGCUGACGAUAUCACUGAAAAAUUCAAAAAAUCAGAAGAAAAAGAGGAAACUGCUCGACACGAAAUACCCAAAGGAAAGAUAAUGGAAGGACACCGUAGUGAAAAAGGAAGAAGAGAAGAAAAAGAGAAAACAGUUCCACAAGAAAUACUUGAAGAAAAGGCAAAGGAAGCUGAGAAACCAGUUUCUAAGGACACGGUAGUGAAAAAGGAAGAAGAGAAAGUUGAUACUGAAGAUAUAACUGAAGAAGUGAAAAAACCAGAAGAAAAAGAGAAAACAGUUCCAUCUGAAGUACCCGAAGAAAAGACAAAGGAAGAUGCAAAGCCAGUUUCAAAAGACACAGUAGUGAAAAAGGGAGAAGAGGAAGUUAUUACAGAAGAUGUCACUGAAGAAGUUGAAAAACCAGAAGAACAAGCUGGAGCAGUACCACAUGCAAAACCAGAAGAAAGAUAA